AUGAAAUUGUUAUCCAAGGUAUUUGUUACUGCUUUGGGUCUUACUUCAAUUGUCAAUGCCGCUCCAACAAGUAGUAGUAGUGCAGAAGAAGCCCAAAAAACUGUUCCUGUUGAACUUAGUAUCGGUGUCAAACAACUUCCUAACAUUCACAAUGAUUCAGCUGUCGAUGCUAAUGCUGUUGCUAAAGGUUAUUCUUUGGUAAAUGUUUCUUUAACUGCUAGAGGUUUAACUGGUAUUUUGAAACUUAAAGAAGCUACAAACAUUUAUGGUUACGACUUUGAAUACUUGAAUUUGUCAGUUGAAUACCAAAGUGAUACAAGAUUAAAUGUUCAUAUAGAACCUACUGAUUUGACUGAUGUUUUUGUUUUGCCAGAAGAACUUGUUGUUAAACCAAAACUUGAAGGUGAUGCUAAAACUUUUAAUUUUGAAAACUCCGACUUGGUUUUUGAAUAUGAUGAAGAAGAUUUUGGAUUUGAAGUUUUAAGAAGCUCUACUCGUGAAGUAUUGUUCUCCACUAAAGGUAAUCCAUUGGUUUUCUCCAAUCAAUUCAUUCAAUUCAAUACUACUUUACCAAAAGGUCACUCAAUUACUGGAUUAGGCGAAUCCAUUCAUGGAUCUUUGAAUGAACCAGGUGUUGUCAAAACAUUGUAUGCCAAUGAUAUUGCUGAUCCAAUUGACGGUAACAUUUAUGGUGUACAUCCAGUGUACUACGACCAAAGAUAUAACACAAACACUACACAUGCUGUUUAUUGGAGAACUUCAGCUAUUCAAGAAGUUGUCGUUGGUGAGACUUCUCUCACAUGGCGUGCUCUUUCUGGUGUCAUUGAUCUUUAUUUCUUUAGUGGUCCAGAUCCAAAAGAUGUUAUCCAACAAUAUGUUUCUGAAAUUGGUUUACCUGCUAUGCAACCAUACUGGGCAUUGGGUUACCAUCAAUGUAGAUGGGGUUACGACACUGUUGAAUCACUUGAAACUGUUGUUGAAAAUUUCAAAAAAUUUGAUAUUCCUUUGGAAACCAUUUGGUCAGAUAUUGAUUACAUGGAUGGAUACAAAGAUUUCACCAAUGAUCCAUACAGAUUCCCAACAGAUAAAUUUAGAAAAUUUUUAGAUGAUCUUCACAAUAACAGUCAACAUUAUGUUCCUAUAUUUGAUGCUGCAAUUUAUGUUCCUAACCCAAACAAUGCCACUGAUAAUGAUUAUGAACCAUUCCACUUGGGUAAUGAAUCAGACGUGUUCUUGAAAAAUCCAGAUGGAUCAUUAUAUAUUGGUGCAGUAUGGCCAGGAUACACUGUAUUCCCAGACUUUUUAGCCAACAAUACUCAAGAAUAUUGGAACAAAAUGUUUAAAGAUUGGUAUGAGAGAAUUCCAUUUGAUGGUAUUUGGACAGAUAUGAAUGAAGUCAGUUCCUUCUGUGUUGGUUCAUGUGGUACCGGUAGAUAUUUCGAUAACCCAGUUCAUCCACCAUUUGAAGUUGGAUAUUCUGGUUCUGAUUAUCCAUUAGGUUUUGAUAAAUCGAAUGCAUCUGAAUGGAAAUCAAUUUCUGAAGCAGCAGCAGCUACUAAAACAACCACCACAACAUCAUCUUCAACUUCGACAUCAAUUGAUGGUAAGAACACUUUAGCUCCAGGUAAAGGUAAUAUCAACUAUCCACCAUACGCAAUCAAUAACAACCAAGGUGAUCACGACCUUGCCACACAUGCAAUUUCACCAAAUGCUACUCAUGCCGAUGGGACUGUUGAAUACGAUAUUCAUAAUAUAUAUGGUCUCAUUCAAGAACGUGCCAUUUACGAAGCAUUAUUGGAAAUUCAUCCUAACAAGAGACCAUUUAUUAUUGGACGUUCAUCAUUUGCUGGAUCUGGUAAAUACAUGGGUCAUUGGGGAGGUGAUAACUAUGCUGACUAUUAUAUGAUGUACUUUUCUAUUCCUCAAGCUUUAUCAAUGGGUCUUUCUGGUAUCCCAUUCUUUGGUGUGGAUGCAUGUGGGUUCAAUGGUAACACUGAUAUGGAGUUAUGUUCUAGAUGGAUGCAAUUGGCUUCAUUCUUCCCAUUCUACAGAAACCAUAAUGUUUUGGGUGCUAUUCCACAAGAGCCAUAUGUCUGGGAAGGUGUUAUGAACGCAACUAAGACAUCCAUUAAUGUCAGAUAUUCUUUGUUGCCAUACUAUUACACUUUGUUACACGAAUCACACGUUACUGGUAUUCCAAUUAUGCGUGCUUUCAACUGGCAAUUCCCUUACAGCAAAGAAUUGGCCGGCGUUGAUACUCAAUUUUUCGUUGGUGAUGCAUUAUUGGUUACACCAGUUUUAGAACCAGGUGUCAACCAUACUAAAGGUGUUUUCCCAGGUGAGAAUGCUGUGUACUAUGAUUUCUACACUCAUAAGAAACAAAAAUUCACUGCUGGCAAGAACGAAACUUUGGCUGCUCCUUUGGGUCACAUUCCAUUACACAUUAAAGGUGGUAACAUCAUUCCAACUCAAGAACCAGGUUAUACUACCACUGAGUCAAGAAAGAAUCCAUUUGGAUUGUUGGUUGCCUUGGAUGCUGAAGGUACUGCUUCUGGUAAAUUGUAUCUCGAUGAUGGUGAAUCCGUAGAUGUUGAAGAAGCAUUAUAUGUUGACUUUGUUGCAUCCAAGAAUAAAUUGGUGGCAUCUGUUUUCGGUGAAUAUGAAGUUCGUCAACCAUUGGCCAAUGUUACAAUUUUGGGAGUUGAUUCUGAACCUAAGAAGGUUUUGUUUAACAACGAAACAGUAAGCCACAACUACGAAAAUGGUGCUGUGUAUCUUACUGAUUUAGAAAAAUUCACCAAAGAAGGUGCCUUUGCUGAAGAAUUUAGUAUUCAAUGGUAA